AAAACCCAUAAAUUUAUGAAAAUUUUAUCGUUAUUUAAGGAAUUUUUAUAAGGACUCAAUAAAUUAUAUGAUUAUUUUGAGGAGAAAAUAAAAAAGAUAUGAAGAAUAAAAAGAUCAAAAAAGAUGAAGCAAAAUUAAAAAAAAAAGGAUUGAAAAAUAAAAAAUAAAAAGUUAAGAUAUAGAUUAAGAAGAGAAGGCAUGAAUGUAAGUUGAUAAAAAUAAUAUAUAAGAUUUAAAAAGUAUUAAAAAAUUUUUGAUUAAUAAUAGUUUGAUUCAAAAGCAAAAGUGUAAAAUUAAUGAUUUUUUUUAUGAUAAAUUCUGUGUUAUUUAAUAGCUUGAUUAAAAUAAGUAAAAAAAAUUGAAG